AGCAAGGGCGAUUCUGUUGCUUUUAAAGACCUUAUUGUACCGUUGCAGUCUCUGUUUCCUGCCCACGACGUGAGGCCAGACCAUCACCAGCCGAACCUGGAGAAGUACUUACAAGGUGGAAAUAUCCAAUAACUGGUACUUCAGCACCUUUCCUGAUUCGAAGAAUCAUCGCUACAUGGACAGCUUUGUGGUGGCCACGGCGACCCAAAACGCCAGGACAACCAAAUCCGAACCGGCAAUCGGAAGCCCACCUUCCUGUCUGAGCACAUGUGGUCAGAUCAGGCUGUUCAAGUUUACAUGUGUCUACUGAGCCUUUUGCCGCGAUUGGCUUAGCUGGUAUUGAUCGAUCCGAAAGCCACGAUGCUUACGUAUCCGGCACCUGGAUAUACACACCGAACGGAUGUCGUCGAGAUCGGCCGGAGAACCCGGAGCGUGUGAUCGGGACCCGGUCAACCUGAUCCAGCUGGCCGGAGCUCUUACACACUCCACUCCGAGUUUUAGCCGUGACUCACGCCGCGUGCGAGUGGAGAAGGUUGUCGCGUUGGGAGCCGCAGAAUGCUCGCACUCGAGCAAUGGUGUCGCAGCGACCCCCAGUCGGGGAUAGCUUUAUAGCCUUGGGCCCUCGACUUCGGUCGUGGAACGAGCAUCUCUACCCACAUCCACCAACACUGCAACGCGCCCCGAUUCACCAAGAUGGCUUCCACCAAACCCUUCAUCAGAGUCCGCAAAGCCGAACUGGCCGAUACUGAUGCCAUUGUCCGAAUUCACUACGAAGCCUUUGACGAUGACGUUAUGAACCAGCUCAUGCACCCGGGUGGUGCCACAGAAGCCUCGCGGAAAAGGUUCGGGGAGCGGGUUUUUCCCAGACCCCAAUCAGAUGAAGAGCUAGCGAAGAAUGGAGAGACUAUCUUGAACGUUGCUGAAUACUUUCCCGAGGGCCCUGAUGGGCCUGGUGAAGUGAUUGCUUUCUCCAAGUGGGUUCUUCACCGAAACCCUCGGACGGAAGAACAGUGGAAGUCGGAGGACUAUGUGCCCACUGUCGAGAACUUUGGCGAGGGCGCUGAUCUUUCCGUGAUCAAUGCUUUUAUUGGAGAGUUGAACAGGAAGCAGAGGGACCACGCGAAGGGCGAAGCAGCUUUGUUCCUCGGUAUCCUUGCUUGCAGCCCGGACCGACAGCGACUGGGCGCCGGAUCGGCUCUUGUGAAGUGGGGAACCGAUCUUGCCGACAGCCUUAGGCUUCCCACCAGGCUCGAGUCUUCUCCUGUUGGAUAUGCCGUUUACCGGAAGUUUGGGUUCGAGGAUGUGGACGUGUUGGACAUGAAGGUCAAGGAAACAUGGGGCGUCACCAAAGAAGAGGGUCGGUACUGGGGGGAGAACAACGCUGUAGCACUUGCUGGGCCCGUACCCGAGGGUGUGAUGCGGUCUGUUAUCAUGAGGCGGCCUGCCAAGCGUAGAGGUAGUGCUGCAUGA